AUGGCUUGUUCCAAAGGGUUGAGUGAGAGAUUGAAUGAAGAUAGGAUAAGCCAGUUACCUGAUCCUUUGAUCUGUCAUAUACUUAAUCAUCUUCGGACACAGGAAGUUGUUAGGACAAGCGUUUUGUCCUCCAGAUGGAGAAGUCUAUGGCUUUUGGUUCCUAGCUUAGAAUGGGCACGUUGGAAAUUCCCAGAUUUCAGCUCCUUUAAGAGUUUUGGCGACAGGUUUUUCCAUUCCGAUAGGGUUACAUGCCUACAAAAUGUGGAGUUAUCUCUUGAUACAAAUGAUGCAUCUUAUCUCACAUCAUGGAUCGACGCCUUAACUAAACGCAAGAUCCAACGUCUAUCUGUUGAGAGGGGUUUUUAUCAUAAGAUGCCACUAAGCCUUUACGUCUGUGAGACACUGACUAUGUACUUGAAUUCUGUUCGGUAUCAUAAGGAGGCCACUCUUGAGAGACUUGUCUCAUCCUGCCCUGUCUUGGAGGACCUAGAAAUUUUCACUUUUGGGGGUGAAGCAAAUAUCUUACAGCUCAUCUGUGAAUACUUGAAGACAGAUCCAUUGCCUCGGUUUGGUUACAUGACCCGUCUGCAUGUCACUCUAUGCUGUUCCCCUUUGGAAUGUUUACUAACCUUGCUUGAGAGUUUCCCAAACUUGAAAUCCCUGAGCUUGGUAUUCGAUUAUGACAAAAGAGCAGCUCCUGAUGAGACGAAUCAAAUCAGUUUUUCACCUGUGCCUGAGUGUUUGCUAUCUUCUCUGGAAUUUGUUGAUUUCAGAAUCAAAACCUGA